UUUUCACAAAAUGACAUCUUGCAUUUCCAAGAAAAAUCAGCGGACAAAAUUGAGUAUUUCUAAAGAAAGAAAUCAAACCGGAGUAACCGUGCUAAUAAUUAUGUGAUUGAAGAUUUCUUAUAAUAUAACCAAUCAUCACAGAUUCGUCUGCAGAAUGUCUUACAGGGAGCAUAACAAAAGGCUGCUGAGGAGGUUAAAACCUGGAGAUAUUGUCAGGUUUAAACGUGGAGUAUACUACCACUACUACCACUACGCCAUUUACAUAGGUGAAAACAAGGUGAUACACCUAACGGCACCGGAGGGAGGGAUCUCCAGCAACAUUCGACCCAAGCACAGUGGGUCAGCGGCCAGUGUGGCAGUGGAUAAGGCCAUAGUAUCAGAGGGUGACUUUUUAACUGUGGCAGGAGAUGAUUUGGCUGAAAUAGCUAACAGAGAUGAAUACCCAUCAUUUGAUGUAGAAGAGAUUCUAAAGAGAGCCAAAUCUAUGAUUGGACAUAGAAGCUACAACCUUUUUAGAAAAAACUGUGAGCACUUCGUCAACAAGGUCAAGUACGACAAGGAGGAGAGUACACAGGUACAGAACACAAUAGUUGGACUUGGAAAAGUGGGUGUCGGCGUUGGUUUAUUGGCAGCGGUAGGGAUUGUAGCUUAUAGAUACAGCAGGGCAGAUCGUAAUAACAGAAACCCAACCGUUUAAGUCGCAGAUGAAGGAUGUAUCUUAAAGGUGUAUACAAGAUUUAUGUGUCAUAAAAUAAUUUUGUGUUAAACAGCGUUUGAUUACUGAAUCUAAAGCUGUUAUUUACUAGAUUCCUGAAUGUAUUAAAAAAAAACGUUUAUAAACUUUGAUGUUACAGAACAUGUACUUCCUCUUGUAUUCCUGACACAAACAGAAAUAAUGAAAGCAAUGUUAUAGAAGAAGUCAAUAUAUUAUAAUACAUAGCUUAAGUAUUUUAUUAUUCAGCAUUUAUAAAUAUUUAUUGUGGUAUAAAAUUAUUCUUAUGUCAAUAACAUUUUUACAGAUGAUACAUACUGCCUAUUUCAUAUUUUCUAAAAAAGUUUUUCAAUCAUUCUAAUUAAACAUU